CGGCCAGUUCGUCGUGGCGGCAGCAGAUUCUCCAGUAGUCUCUCCGCGGGCUCUCUCUCGGCCGUAUCCCGGCGUCCAUCGGAAAAAAAAGAACACAUAAUGCAGUCCUUUGGCGCAUUCGUCGUCGUCCUCCUGGCGCUUGCGGUGGCGGCCAACGCGGAGGUCUACCUGGACGAGAAGUUCAACGACGAUUCAUGGGAGAAAAACUGGGUCUAUUCAGAGCAUCCUGGGAAGGAAUUCGGGAAGUUCGUCUUAAGUUAUGGAAAAUUCUGGAACGAUCCAGAGAAUGACAAAGGUAUUCAAACGUCGCAGGAUGCGAGGUUCUACGCUCUCAGUAAGAAGUUCUCUCCAUUUAGCAAUAAGGAUAAGACCCUCGUUAUUCAAUUCACCGUUAAGCACGAACAGAAUAUCGACUGCGGCGGUGGGUACGUCAAGGUAUUCGACUGCUCGCUCGACCAGAAAGAUAUGCACGGCGAGAGUCCGUAUCAGAUUAUGUUCGGACCUGACAUUUGCGGGCCGGGCACAAAGAAGGUUCACGUUAUCUUCAGUUACAAGGGCAAGAAUCUUCUGAUCAACAAGGAGAUCCGCUGCAAGGACGAUGUUUACACGCAUUUAUACACACUGAUCGUUAAACCUGACAAUACGUACCAGGUUCUCAUCGACAACGAGGAAGUGUCGUCCGGUGAUUUAGAGAAGGAUUGGAACUUCCUGCCAGCGAAGAUGAUCACGGACCCGUCUCAGAGCAAGCCCGAGGAUUGGGAUGACAAGCCGACCAUCGACGAUCCCGAGGAUAAGAAACCCGAGGACUGGGACAAACCCGAGCACAUUCCCGACCCCGAAGCCACCAAGCCCGACGAUUGGGAUGACGAGAUGGACGGCGAGUGGGAAGCGCCUAUGAUCGAUAAUCCUGACUACAAGGGCGAAUGGAAAGCGAAGCAGAUCAGCAAUCCAAACUACAAGGGACCUUGGAUCCAUCCCCAGAUCCCCAACCCCGAAUACAUACCCGACCCGGAUCUCUACAAGCGCGACGAGAUCUGUGCCAUCGGCUUCGACCUGUGGCAGGUGAAAUCCGGCACCAUCUUCGACAACGUGCUCGUCACCGACGAUCCGGAAGUUGCGCGCAAAUUCGGAGAGGACGUGUGGAAGCCUACCUUUGAAGGCGAGAAGAAGAUGAAGGAGGCGCAGGAUGAGGAGGAGAGGAAACAGAGAGACAAAGAAGCGAAGGAGAGCGAAGACAGUAAGGACGACGAGGACGACGAGGAUCAAGAUGAAGAAGAUAACACUCAGCCAGAUACUGAAGAGCAUGACGAAUUGUAAAUAAAAAAAGAGUGUCGCGCUUGUGGACACAAAUACAGACUGUAUUCCAAGGAGCUACGUGGCCGCGACACGCACCAUCAUCAUCCUCCCACAGGCACAAAAUCGCAAUCCGAAAAGACACAGAUGCAAUAAGAGGCGGAAGAGGAACAAGGACAACAAAGCUCGACAAUCGUCGACCACGUCGUCCGUCGUUAACAUUCGCGCAUUAUACGAGAGGACAUCGCGCGUCGAGUUCUCUGUCUAAGCUUGAAGCUAAGUCUCGCCCGGUUCUCUCCACAAUGGUUUUCCGUUGCGGCUUGGCCUUGCUGGUAUCGUAGCGCGCCUAAAGGAAACGUUUUUAUCCUAGUCGUCCAACACACACAUACAUACACAACACUUUCCCAUCAAGUGAGAAUUGUCCUCCGAGGUUCCCGAGGUUAUUACAAACUAGCGCCUUAGAGACCAAACGAUCGAUACUUCCGCGAGAUACCCAAGGUAUGCCGGAAUAUGGAAGAAAAAAAAUAUAUAGACGAUAGAGAGAGAGAAAGAGAGAGAGGAAGAUGGA